UCGGAAACCGCGACGUCCACGGCGCCGGCACCUGCGAGCGGAGAGCGACGGAAGCGGAGAAGCAUGGACUCUACGAGUCUCCCUCUUUCCCAACCACAGCUUAUUUUACAGAUGAGGAAAUGGAGUCACAGGGGCAAAUGACUUGCCCAAGGUCACACAGCUAAUAAAUGUCUGAGGCCACAUUUGAACUCAGGAUGACUCCUCUUUCUGACUCCAGGACCAACACUUGUAUCCAAUGAGCCAUCUAAUUGCCCCUGGCACAUGAAAUGAAAUGUCCCUUGCCACCUGUGGAAAGAGAGAAAGAGAAAGAAAUAGAGGAACCUAGUGAUAUUGAAGAAGGUGGAUUGGACCUCACUGUAUCACUAAAACCAGUUAGCUUCUACAUAGCAGAUAAAAAAGAAAUGCUUCAGCAGUGUUUCUAUGUCAUAGGAGAGAAGAAAUUGCAGAAGAUGCUUCCUGAUGUCUUAAAGAAUUGUUCAAUAGAUGAAAUUAAAAAACUCUGCCAGGAACAGUUAGAACUUCUAUCAGAAAAAAAACUCUUGAAGAUUCUUGAAGGUGAGAAUGGGAUCGACUCUGAUACGGAAGAAGAGGCAGAUGAUGGCUCUAAGAUGGGAUCAGAAUCAGUCAGUCAGUAUUCCUGCAGUCCCUGUGGCCAGGAUAUUUUUUUCUCCGAGGCUUUACCUGGACUUCUUGUGGGGUCGGUAUCCUCUCCGGGUUUUAGCCCUUGGGCGUCUCUCAAACCAAGACAAGACAACAGUGUAGAUUCUACCUCUUCCCUGAGGGAGAACAAGCAGCCUGAAGGUUUAGAAUUAAAACAAGGCAAAGGUGAAGAUAGUGAUGUUCUCAGUAUUAAUGCUGAUGCAUAUGACAGUGACAUAGAAGGACCAUGCAACGAAGAAGCAACUGUGCCAGAUAUACCAGAAAAUGUUAAAAGUGAAGCUGGUCAAAUAGAUGACCUCCAGAAGGACAUUGAAAAAAGUGUGAAUGAAAUACUGGGAUUGGCAGAAUGCAGCCCAAAGGAGUCUAAAGCAGCAGCACUGACUGUCCCUCCCUCAGAAGAUGUUCAGCCUUCAGCACAGCAGCUGGAACUCUUGGAACUUGAAAUGAGGGCCAGGGCAAUUAAAGCUUUGAUGAAAGCUGGUGAUGUUAAAAAAAUAGCUUAAGGUUAUUUCAUUUUAUUAAGCUUUUGUAUUUCCUUGAAGGGAAUAAUGUCAGUUUAUUUUAGUUGUAAAAUUUAUUUGUAUUUUAUGUGACAUUCCUCAUUCAAUCCAAUUUUUUGAAGUCUGAUCUUUGGCCAGAAAUGCUUAUGGUUCUACUAUGAGGUUUUUAUUUUUUAUUUGUGACUUAUAAAGCUGGAUUUUUUUUUUUUUUUUUUGAUACUUUGCUAGAUCAGUAUUUAUUUGAGCCUGAUUAUUUCUUGGCUUCUAUUAACAAAAGAUCCCAGAUUACAUACAUUUAAAUCUAAAAUAUGGAGUAAUGCUUCACAAAAAUAAAGGCCAAGUAGGUUGCCUUUAAGAUUGCCUGCACUUUUUCAGUAAAAAGUUAAAUUGUUUUCCUUUGAACUUCGUCAUAAUUAAAAAAAAAAUUCAGUUUUGUAUAUGCACUUUUAAGAAUAUAGUGUCUUGAAGAUGCCUUUUAUUGCUUCUUGAAAUAUUCUAGUGGUGUUGGCAGGUUUACUUUUCAUUGAGUCCAAGAUAUUAAGAAUAUGUAUGUAUUGGUUAAAGCUGAAGAACUUUAUAUUUUGGACAAUUAAAUGCAUACUAAGCGAUCUUCAGUGGCUGAGGAGGAGCAUUUUUACAUAGCAACAUAAAUAAUUUUCCAACAAACCAACCACUUUCAAAGGUGGACACUUUGUUAGCUUCUUUCCUAAUUGGGAAAAAAAAAUUAUUAACAUUCCAAGUUAAGAAGUAAAAGAAAAUAUUGUUCCAAAUUUUAUCUGGGAGUUUUUGUUUGAAGAUCUGAUGUGAUGAUUCAUUCAAUUUUUAAAAAAAGGACUGCUGUUCUGGAGAUGACUUUUUGAUACUUUGUCAAUAAUAAAGUUGUUUCAUAUCAGUGUGGAGCACUUUAAUCACCUAAUAAUGUAAUAAUUAUCCUCUAGUUUUAUAGCAUUUAUAAGAAAAUUAACACCUUACAUUUUAUUUUGAGGAUAUUUAUUUUUCUUUAGCAGUACUUUAAAAUUUUAAUACCAAAUCUAAUUUGGGAGACUCAGCUUAAACUAAAUCCAUUUUUACUAGAGUAGACAAUAGUACCUUAAUUUUUAUACUUGACUAUAAAUAUGGUCUUCAUGAGAAAUUUUCUAAUAGCAGAAAACACAUGGAGCCACAUUUUUAUUAUGUAGCUUAUUUAUGAUAUAUUGGUAUUGAAUUGAUUUCCUAUGGAAAUAGUUGACACUUAGGAAAUAUUUACAUUGUACAUAUUCUUUAUUUUUUUGGUUCCUCAAUAACAAUUUUUUUAAAUCCCCGAGUCAUUCUAAACAGUUAUUUUUAGAUUGGUUAGUAUGGAUAUUAAUUUGAAUAAUAAGAUUCCCAUUGUGAUUGCUUGAAGGUGAAAUAACAUUGAUUAUGUUGACAUAAUCUUUUUUCUUCGCUUUGUAAAACCAGACUAAAUUAAAUACUAAGGUAAUACUAGUUUGUGCAAAAUGAACUUUUUAAAAAGCUUGUCAAGUUAUUAACUGAGGUAAAUGAUAGUAAAUUAAUAUUACUACAGCAAAAGUUUGAGUGAUUCAUGGAUGACAAAAAUGACCACUUUUAAGGAUUAUAAUUUUUAAUUUAUAAUAUGUUAUUUACUGUAAUUGGAGGACAUUGAAGUGGGUAAGUAUGAAGUAAAAUGAAAUGAACAAAUGAGAAAUAGGCAGAAUUAUGUCUAAGAUAAAUAGGUUCUCUAGUGAACAGAAAAAAAAGGCUUACUUUAGAAACAUUUUAAGUAGUAGAGAAAGGUCAGUUGAGAUCUCUGGUGCCAUGUAAAAUCAGUUGAUGAUUUAAUAUUGAGCACCUGAUAUGUACCCAUCUUUGUAAAGAAAUUUAAACUUAGGCAUAUUACAAUAAACAUUUAGCAUGGCAUAUGUAGACAAAUAACAGGAGUUCUUGUUCCUUAAAGAUUAAGAAAAACCCACUUAUGUGAAAAGUUUCAAUGUAUCUCCUUUUCUUUUUUUUUUAAAUAGAUGACUUUAUAUAUUAAGCCCUUUGUAUUCAUUAACUCAUAAUGAUCCUUAACAAAAACUCAGGGGGUCAGGUAAGUGGCAGAGAACUGGCCCUGAAGUCAGAAUCUGAGUUCAAAUGUGCCUUCAGACCCUUAACACCUACCUCAUGCAAAAAAAACAAAACAAAACAAAAAAAACAACAAUAAUAAUAACUAAAUAGUUGUUAGUUUUUGGUUUGGAUGUGUGAUUUUAUCAAUAAAAGAACCUUUAGUAUAAAAUCAUCUCCUUUGAUGCAGAUCAGUAACUUUUCUCUAACAAGGUCUUGUAGAGUUGCUUGGUGUACUAAUGAGCUAAUUGGUUAUCCAUAUCUUCUUGACUACAAGACCAAACCUCUUUUCACCCUUAAAGUUAGUAGUUCAAAUAGUUUUGUCACUGUUUUAUGAAAAUUGAAAUGGCCCUAGAGAAGUUGUGAAUUGUCCAAAAACAUAGAGGUCUUACAAAAUAUCAGAGCUGGGCUUCAAACCCAAGUCUUCUAAUUCUACUGUAUGCUUUCUUUCUUAAGCUGAGUUGAUCUGCUGUCUUUAGACUGAUUGUCCAGACAAAAUUAAUUAGCAGUUAAACAAAUUAUUCCCAAAUUUAUUCAUACUAAUUUGUUAGUUUAGUAGUUUGAUCAAACUUUCAUUUGACUUAAUAGCUAAACAUUUUAAAAUUGCAUCUUUUUUAUCAAGAAUUUAACAAACUUUAACAUUUUAAUUAAAAUAACAUUUUAUAUGAAACUCAGCUUAUGGGUUAAUAUGAAAAUAACAUAGUGUGAUAGAUAAAGAAUCAGUCUCUCUGAGCCACUGAGCUUAGUUCAUCUCAUCCCUCUGAAUUACUAGUUUGGUGAGUCCUUGACAAAUCACUUAACUUUUCAGUGUUCUUAAGAAAAUCAUAAGAACUAUAGGUUACUGAUAAUAUGCUGAAAUACAUUUCUAGAGAGAGCAUCCUCACGCAGAUUAGUUUUGUAUAUCAAUAAAAUCACAGUUUCAGCCCUUGUCUAUUUAAUAUUAUAGUAGCAAAAAUGGUCUGCCAGCUAUUAACUGUCAGUGGACUAUAUGCACCAAUAAAAUAUCUCAGGUAGCAGAUCUUAGUGUCCUUCAGAACUUCCCAAUCCACUCACUCUGAAAAUAGCACAAAAGAUCCUAAAAUAUUCUCGAAAACUAUAAUCCCAGAACCCUUAACAUUGAAGUAAUAAGCUCCUCCCCCAUUUAUCAUAAGAACUUACUUUCCAUAAUUGAUUUUGUUUUUGUUUGUUUUUUUAUUUUUAAAUAAAAUUUGGGCUGAGCAUUUUCAUUCCUAUCACAGAUAAUAGGCAGGGCAGAAACUGAGGCAAGAAAUUCAAGGUCAAAUAAUUUCUGAACUGCUUUGGUAAUAAAGCUGACUAAUUUAUUAAUGUCUGGUUAGAAUCAAUAAUGCAAGGUAUUUAGAAAUGCUUGCCUAAUAAUUUUGAAAAUUCUUAUUUCUGUUCCACCAUGAAAAAUGAACUUAGAUAUUUUGAUUGGAGAUUUUAAUUAUUUUAUAAAAGUAUUGGUCAAGAGACUCGAACUAUAUGAGCUAUUAAAUAAGUGUGAUUGUUUUAUAAAUCACUCCAGACUCUCCAAUUCUCAUAUUCCUUCCCUGUCAAGAAUGGGGGUGAGAUGAUAUGAGUUCUCUGUUGCCUUUCAAUUCAAAAUGUCUCUAAUUUUAACAAGUUAAAAUUUUGUGAAAUGGAAAUUUCUGAAAUGUUCUCAACAGGCAUGUUUGAGGUAAGUUGAUUUUUUUUUUUUCCAAAUGGAAUGAGGUAAAAUUGCUGCGUUAAAUCACCUUUUGCUCCUAAACUUGGCUUAAAUAAAACAUGAGUGUAAUUAUAUAUUUACAUAUUUUGGGAAGUAUUAUUAAAUUUUUAAAAUGAUAACGUUUAUGAUUUUAGCCUAUAUUCAGAGCAGUACAUUAUUUAUAUGAUUAUAGAAUUUUAUAACUUAAUGAAAACGUAAAGAUUAUCUCAUCAAAGCCCUUUUACUAAUACUCUCAAGGGGAAAAGCUUGAGUUUGAGAGAAAUGAAGUCACAUAGGAAAUAAAUUUCAUUUGCCUUUUUUCUACUUUUGUCCCAAGUUUGAUGCUGACUUAAAAUUAAAGAUGAAUUCUGAUAGCUUUGUAUUUUGUAAUUAUUUAAUGUAAUUUUACAGUGUUCAUUGUGAUGCUUGCUUUGAUUGUAUGCUGCUAAAAAAUUGGCUGGGUCUGUAAGCUUUUUUUAGUUCACAUCAUGUUGAGUCUUGUUUUCUGUUCAUAAGUGAUUCUGUGAUAAUUCCAGGAUGAGUGAAUUUUUUUAGGGUCAUUCUUAUUUCUGAGAUGUUUUGCUUCUCAGAACCUUGUUUUUCCUUCUGAAGACAAUGUGAAUACUACUAAAUAGAUGGCCAACCAAUCAAGGUCUAUUAUUAUUUCUCUAGAAUAUAUUGGAAAUUUCAUAAUUUUCUAGAGCAUAAAAUCACAGGUACGAGUUGGGAGGAACAUCAAAUAGUAUGUCUCCUGCCUCCUGAGGUCUGGAGAGGUAAUUUGACUCCUCUAAAGUUGGGCAGCCAGUCAGUAUUUGAACCCAGUUCCUGCUUACAAUUCCAGUUUUCUUUCAACUUUAUAAAUUGUUUGCUAUAAUAUUAUUUUUUGUAGAAAAAGUUCAUAAUAAGGUGGAUCCAUUUUUGACUUUCAUUGAGUUGUGGUUUUUUUUUUUUUUUUAAGCUACUGAAGUUUGGAUUAGAACUUAUUAUAAAGCCAUUUCAAUAUAUCAGAUCUGGACAUUAACCUUUAACUCUUGAGCUAUUUCAAGAAUUCAUGAAGUUAAUAUUAUAGUAUUAGUCCAAAUAUAAGCCAUAUCCCUAAAAUAAAAUUUAUUUGAAAGGAAAAAAGAAUGGAAAUGUACCAAAACCACAUAAAAUUACUGUUAUUAAGUAUUUUUAUUUAAAAGCUUGCUGUAUGAAUAAGGUUUGAGUGGAUAUCUGUUCUGAAGCUACUCCCAUGAAAUACUGUUCUAGCUCUUGUGAGGGCUUGUAAACUCAAUUUCUGAUAAUUAACUUUAUAAAGGUUGUCCCGUCUGUAUAUUUCUUACCUAACCUGUACCUUUUACAAAAGAGGCUUGAAGUAGGGCAGACAAAAGCCCAUUUGAAUGUGAUGACUGAUCUAAGGCUUUGUACAGUCUAAGUUUUGGAGAAAUUUAGAUUCAUUAUUUGUAAUUAAAGUAGCAUUGUAAUAAUUAGGUAUUAUUCCAAGUGCUUUAUCAACAGUGCUUUAUGUAACACUGUGUAUUUGUGUGGUUCUUAGAUAUAAUGAAGGUUUAUUUUAUACAUGAGACAAGAAGAGUAAUUCAAAUUGAUGGGGAAAAAGAAGAGUUCUAAGAAAAACAUGUUAAGAAUACUAAAUCAGAUUUUUUUUUAUCAUGAAAAAAUAUAUUAAAUAACAGUAUAAAGUAGUUGAUUACCUGUAAUUUCUACAGGCUUUCUUUGUGGUGCCUUAAGCUUCAAAGUGAACUCUCUUGAUUUUAUUGGAUUUCAAUAGCUUUAAAAUAAAAUUGAAUUUUUGCAUCUG